AGCAGUGUGUAUUCGCGCGUGUGUUUCAGCAUCCCUCCAGAGGAGCUGCACCAGGCCAGAUGUUGCAGUGCAAUUGGCAAUAAGGGGGAGGGGGCUUAUUAUGGAAGCCCACAAGCAAAGGCAGAGUUUGAGGGCAGUAGUCAGCUGGAAAUGCUACAGAGCGGAGUCACAUCAGUGAUGAUUCCCAGCCAGGACGCCUGGGCCUCUUUCCCCUUGCCUCCUCGCUCUCUGCUCCUCCUCCGGCUUUUGGGGGCCACAGAAAGGGCAGGGGCCACUUUACCCUGCUGGCCCAUCCCUCGGAGCUUCCUUGAGAAUGGCCCACUUGGGUCUAGAGAAGAGCGUGCAAGCAGUGGCAGCAGCGGGGGCGAGAAAGGCUUACUCUAAUCGCCAGCUGAGGCCGUAAUUGCAUUAGCAGCCGCUCAGCCUCUCUUUGGCCACCCAGACAGGCACUGCCGCCAUCCUGGCUCCCGCCAUCCAGCCGCAAGGGGCCCCUUGGUGGCAAUUGAAGGGGGCCAUGGAGAAGGACCACCUGCCGAUGCCAGAGGGGCUGCAGGACCCAACAGAAGCGAGAGAAGAAGCCAGGACGAGGGUCACCUCAUCUCUGCCACCUUCUCCGCCACCUCUGCCACCACCCCGUAGGGAGGAGGGGUCCCGAGGCAGCCCCCGCCUGCCCCGCAGGGUCCAGUUCUGUCUGCCACACACCUCCAUCCCGGCGCCCGCCCCCCAGCAGGAGGAGAAGGCCUUCUACCGGCGCCUGGAGCACCUCAUGGGACCUGACGGAAGCUUCCAGGCACUCUGGGGGGCGAGCGGCUGGGAGGACCUUGCUGAAGGGAAGUGCCUGAGGAAGUGCCCGGUGAAGCAGGGCCAUGGUGAUCGACCACAGGCAGGGCAGGAAAUAGUCGUGAAGCUGCUGGGCGCCUUGGAGGAUGGGAGCCUGGUGGAGAGGGACCCCCGGCUGAUCUUCGUCCUGGGCCAAGGGGAGGCCAUCCAGGCCUUGGAGCUUGCAGUCUCCUCCAUGCAGGUGGGAGAGGUGGCCCUUUUCCUGGUCGGCCCGACCUGUGCCUAUGGUUGCCUAGGCAGGGAGCCUGACAUCCCCUCCAACGCCACUCUGCUCUAUGAGGUGACCCUACUUCAAGUGCAGGACGGCCCCAAUCCAGCUCUCUUGCCCGCCUCGGAGCGGCUCGGCCUAGUCAAUCGUCGGCGGGAGUGGGGCAACUUCCACUUCGAGAGGGAGGACUUCCACCGGGCCUUGCGCUGCUACCAGGAGGCUCUGCAGCUGCUACUCUUGCCAGGGGAAGGCUGCCUGAGCCCUGACGAGGAAGAGGAGCGUCGAGAGCUGGAGCUCAAAUGCCUCAACAACUCUGCGGCCGCACAAAUGAAGCUGCAGCGGCCAGAGGAGGCCCUGGGAUCCUGCAACCGGGUGCUGCAGCUGGACCCCGACAAUGUCAAGGCACUCUUCCGGAAAGGCAAGCUGCUGUCUGAGCAGGGGGAGGACCAGGCAGCCAUGGCGAUCUUGAAGCGGGCCCUCCACCUGGACCCGGCCACAAAGGCCAUUCAUGCUGAGCUCUCCAAGCUAGCCAGGAAGCAAAGGGAACAGAAGAGGCCCUCCCCGUCUGGAUCCAGCCAGGCCCUUCAAGAAGACUCACCAGCCACUUCCGGGGCUCAGGGCUCUCAGCCAGAAGUCUCCACCCCGCAGCCAAGUUGAACAAUCAACAUGCUUAGGAGUUAGCCAGCCAUCGCUGAGCAAGAAGGCUGCCAGAUACUCUGUGGAGCUGCAGCGAAGGAGGCUGAUGAUGAUUCCAAUCAGCUCUGACCUGACCUGACCCAGCCCUGUCCCACUGGGAGCCGCCUUCGCUUGUGUGUCUAUGCUGACUCCGUUCUAGGCUGGUGCCUCUACUGAAGUCCCUUCCCCACCUUGACCUC